GAGAAAUAGGCGGUGUGAGUCAGUAGAGCAGACCGCCCUUUCCCACACCACACAAACUUCAGUCCAACUGCCCUAUAAAACUGCGAUGGAGGAGCAGACGGCCAGUUAGAGACUGACUGCACUUCAUCCACCCAGACACUUUCUCCAGCCCGGACACAGCGACUCUUACAGCCAUGGAGGGACUUUUACUCGGGAGUAUUUUACUGAUAAGCUCAGUGCAGAGCCUGCUCGCUCUCAACCCCUCAGAGGUCUGCCUUCUGCCAGCGGUUGAAGGUCCAUGUCGAGGACUCGUCAGUCGUUAUUUCUACAACACCCUCACCCAGCGCUGCGAGGAGUUCAGCUAUGGAGGCUGUGGAGGAAACGCCAACAACUUCGUCACUUUUCAGGAGUGCCAUAAAAUGUGUUACACCAUACCAAAAAUUCCUCAGAUCUGUCGCUUUCCAAGUGAAGUGGGGCCGUGCCGCGCCCUUCUCAGUCGCUACUUUUUUAACAUGACCACCAUGCAGUGUGAGCAGUUCUAUUACGGAGGCUGCCAGGGAAAUGAGAACAACUUCCAAAGCCACCAGUCAUGCAUGGAAUACUGCAGACCCUCAAAAUCGAUUCCUGUGAUCUGCCAGGGUGUGUUGGAUAAGGGGAAAUGUUCGGCCUCCAUACCAAGAUAUUAUUACAACUCCGCCAAAAAAACAUGUGAAGAGUUCACAUACACAGGAUGUGGUGGAAGCAGCAACAACUUUGUCUCCAAACAAAGCUGCAUGGAUGUCUGUGCUAGAAAGAGUAAACCUGGGAAGAUGAGGAGAAAGCUGAUCCCAAGAAAACCUGAAAGAAGGAUAUGAUUCCCUGGCUCAAGUGUAAAAAAUCUAAAAGGCUCUGAAAGCAAAUCCAUAUACUCAACAUAAUGUGAAUACACUGUACACUGUUUUUUUUUCUCUUUUCAUUGUAUUUUUUUAUUUUCCAAUGACAGUAUGUAACUUAACAUAUGCCUAAAGAUACAGAAUUUUGAAGUAUAUAUUUUUCAGUCAUUUAUUUUUUUUACCUAUGUAUUGGAAUUGCACUGUGAAUAUUUGUUACACUCACUAAUUUUUAUAUUUUACAGUUUACAGUUUUUUAAUGUUUUACAUUUAUAUAUGUAUUAAUAUGUGUAUAUGUAUAUUUAAUUUGUUUGUAUUUUUAAAUAAAAUCUCUCACAACUCGUA